AUGGUUGAUCAACGAGAGCAAGGAGGAUGGAUACCGGUGGUAAGGAAACAAGGUAGGCACGGGAAGCUGGAAGCGUGGAAUGAGAAGAGAAGAUCAAGUUUGUUCACAUUAUUUGUGGACAAUCUACCAGAAGCAAUGCACCCAAAGAGCAUGUAUACGUUAUUUACAAAGUUUGGAGUGGUUAGGGAUGUGUUUAUCCCAAAUAAGAGGAGGUCAGUAACAAAAACAAGAUUUGGUUUUGUUCGUUUUGAUUGCCCAAUAGCAGCUCAGAUUGCUGAACAAAAGGCAAAUGGCCUAUGGAUAGACAACAAAGCACUAGCUGUUAAAAGUGCAAUCUAUGGGAAAGAGCAAGCUGAAAUCAAAUGGAGGCAACCAGAUCACAGGGGAAAGUUUGUGGUGCGACAAGAUAUGGAGGUUGUAUAG